GAGAGAGAGAGAGGGAGAGAGAAAGAGAAAGAAAAUGAAGACAUCUUCCCUCUUCAUUGUGUUCAUCAUCACCAUUGAUAUCUAUGGUUUAUCAUCAUCCUUUGUGAAUUCACAAGCAGAAACUUGCAGCUCUAACCUGAACUUCAAUGGUUCUGUGUCUUUCGAUACAUCUUCCCUCAAAUGUCUUGCUGUUUGGGAUGCUCAAGGUUUCAUCCUACGAUAUUCGCAGACGGCAUCAUCAUCAAACACAUGGAGCUUCGUUCUCUCGGCUCCUAACACCAACUCCUACAUAGCCAUGGGGUUCUCAAGCAACGGCGCGAUGGUGGGCUCGAGCGCGGUGGUGGGUUGGGUGCCGUCGAACGGCGUCGGAGUGGUGAAGCAAUAUUAUCUGGGCGGAACUUCGCCGAGCCUUGUGACGCCUGAUCAGGGAAACUUGCAAAUUGUGGGCACCUCAACCACUAUUAUAUCCCAAUCCUCGCGUUUAUAUCUGGCCUUCCAGUUGCAGACCACUCAGCCGCAGACUCGGCUGCUGUACUCCGUCGGGCGGGGUGGCGCGCUGCCUUCCCCACCCAACUACGCCUUGUCGGAGCACCAAGCAAAGGUCUCUACUACCAUCAACUAUGGAACAGGUCAAAGUGCAACAGGAGGAAGCCCAUAUGUAAGACUAAGAAGGAGCCAUGGAGUGCUAAAUAUGCUUGGGUGGGGCAUUCUAAUGAUCAUUGGAGCCAUGGUUGCUCGUUACUUCAAGGAAAAAGAUCCAUUUUGGUUUUAUUUCCAUGCCUCUAUUCAAUUAUUCGGAUUUAUUCUUGGAUUAGCGGGAAUAAUAUGUGGAUUUGUCUUAAAUAAUCGUCUCAAUGCUGCUGUCACUACUCACAAGGGUCUUGGAAUCUUCAUUCUUGUGCUUGGCUGCCUCCAGGUGAUGGCCUUUUUGGCUCGACCAAACAAGAUGUCAAAAUUUCGAAAAUACUGGAAUUGGUACCAUCAAAAUGUGGGGAGAAUUUUAGUUAUUUUCACAAUUGCAAAUAUCUUCUAUGGAAUCCAUUUGGGUGAAAAUGGACAUGGUUGGAGUGUUGGGUAUGGAGUUGUUCUUGGCAUCUUGUUCAUUAUUACUGUUGUAUUAGAGAUAAGAAUUUGGAUUAGGAAAUAAAACUCAUUGCUAAGUA